UUUAACACCAGCAUGGAUGAGCUGGAGAACACCACUGAUUAUAUCAACGGUACUUUUUUGCCACCCUCUGGGUACCAAGGCAAUGGAAGAUAUUCCAUAACUGCAAUCUGGACCUUGACAGUUAUAGUAGGCUUUCUUAUUAUAUUUACAAUCGUUGGUAAUGUCUUUGUGGUCAUUGCUGUGUUGACUAGCAGAGCUCUGAAAGCUCCACAAAACCUUUUUUUGGUGUCCCUGGCUGGGGCAGACAUCCUGGUGGCAGCCUUGGUCAUGCCCUUCUCUUUGGCUAACGAACUGAUGGGAUAUUGGUACUUUGGCAACCUCUGGUGCGAUGUCUACCUGGCUUUGGACGUGCUCUUCUGUACCUCCUCUAUAGUCCAUUUGUGUGCCAUCAGCCUGGACAGGUACUGGUCUGUCACUCAAGCUGUGGAGUACAACCUGAAAAGGACACCCAGGAGGAUUAAAGGGAUCAUUGUCACUGUCUGGCUCAUUUCGGCUGUCAUCUCCUUCCCACCUCUGAUCUCAAUGGACAGGCUAGGUGUUGGUGAUACGACCGUCCAGAAGGUCAACUGGACAGAUGAGGACGUGAAAUGUGAACUGAACGAUGAGACUUGGUACAUCCUCUCUUCCUCUAUAGGAUCCUUCUUUGCCCCCUGCGUGAUCAUGAUUUUAGUUUAUGUGCGCAUCUACCAGGUGGCCAAGUUGAGGACCAGGACUUUGUCGGAGAAGAAGCCAUCCACCAAUUGCUCCUCACAUAUUGAGAAUGGCUACACCAAGGGGACUUCUGUCAAGUUUCCCGUGGACAGGGAGAACGGGCAUUACCCUCCAUCCCGACCCACCCCACCAAAAACCACCACAGAUCUAGACGAGCUGGACAUUGAGGAGAGCAGUAUAUCUGAGAGCAAGAGAAGGAAGAGCAGCAGUCGGGAGGACAAUACUGAUUGUGGAAAGGAGAGGAAGAGCUUCUCUAAACAGUCCAGCCGCUUGUCCCGUUCUAGUAACAAAUCUGUGGACAUGUUCUCCUCCAGGAAGAAGAAGAGGAGCAGCAUCUCCAGGAGGAAGGUCACCCAAGCCAGGGAGAAGAGGUUCACUUUUGUCCUAGCCGUUGUCAUGGGUGUAUUUGUGGUCUGCUGGUUCCCCUUUUUCUUCAGCUACUGCCUCUAUGGCAUCUGCAGGGAAGCCUGUGCCAUUCCAGAAACUUUAUUCAAGUUUUUCUUUUGGAUUGGCUACUGCAACAGCUCCCUCAACCCUGUUAUCUAUACUAUCUUCAACCAAGACUUCCGGAGAUCCUUCAAGAAAAUCAUCUGCCUGAGUAAGAGGAAGAAAUUCACUCACUGAGAUGUAUGCCAACGUUGACAUUGCACUGCCUUAGGGUGGAAGCAGAGCGCCACGGGGGAGGGGAUCUGCUAGACCAGAUAGUGGUCAUCAAAGCUGACCCACAGCGAUGUGACAGUAUAUGGCAGUCUGAAUGUACAGGCAGCAUGCCUGCUAGCGCUGAGCUCUGUGACAAACCGAAUAUUGUUCUGUAUGUCUUUUACUGAAUCAUAGUUUUCUACCUUAAAAAAAGCCAGGACAGAGAUCCAGGGGAAAAAAUGGGGCUUAUUUGCUAUAUCAUUUGCUGUCCACCAGGUAUGCCAUUUUUUUUCUUUUGUAGGCACCUUCUGCUACAGUAUAUUUUGCAUUUGUUCUUCUGAAAAUAGUAAAAAUAUAUUUCAUA